CCAAAUCUCAUAAAAUUUUAAUUAGCGUACCUAUGAAAAUAUUGCAUAUGCUUAAUCCUUCUGCAUUUAAUCAUAUGCUUGAAUUGGAAAGCUUAUAAGUCUUUUGCCUUGAAAGCACUUGGGUGUGUAUGCAAAAAAGAAAGUAUGGAUGUGCAAGGGCAAAAACCCAGUCUUGAAUCACCAUUAAUCUCUCAAGCGGCGGCAACACUAGAACCAAGACCCAGAUUCACCAAAUAUGAGAUUUUCAAGGAGGUGAAGAAGCAGCUCGUAUUGGCCGGACCUCUUGUAUCUGUUAAUUUCCUGACCUAUCUUUUACAGGCCAUUUCAGUCAUGUUUGUAGGUCAUCUUGGAGAGUUAGCUCUUUCCGGUGCUUCCUUGGCCACUUCUUUUGCUUCAGUGACUGGCUUCAGCAUUUUGAGAGGAAUGGGAAGUGCAUUAGAAACAUUCUGUGGUCAAUCUUAUGGAGCAAAGCAGCAUCACAUGCUUGGUAUACACUUACAGAGGGCAGUGAUAGUUCUUUUACUCAUCAGCAUUCUUCUUGCAUUGAUAUGGGCGAAUGCUGGUGACAUUCUUAAGCUCUUCAGGCAAGAUCCAGAGAUAUCAGAUGUGGCUGGGCAUUACGCCCGUUUCAUGAUCCCUAGCAUUUUUGGUUUUGCCAUCCAGGAGUGUCUUAUCAGAUUCUUGCAGACCCAGAACAAUGUUGUUCCUAUGAUGAUCAUCUCAGGAAUUACAGCUUUAUUUCACAUCUUUAUUUGUUGGAUUCUGGUAUUUAAGUCUGGACUUGGAAAUAAAGGGGCUGCAGUGGCCAAUACGAUCUCAUACUGGAUCAAUGCAUUCUUAUUGAUGCUUUAUGUGAGGAAAUCUCCAUCCUGCAAGAAAACUUGGGUUGGUUUAUCCAACGAGGCCCUGCAUGGGAUUCCCAAUUUCCUGAAGCUGGCAAUUCCUUCAGCUGUUAUGCUCAGCUUGGAGAUUUGGUCAUUUGAGAUGAUGGUUUUGUUAUCUGGUCUACUUCCUUAUCCAAAGCUUGAAACCUCAGUCCUAUCCAUCAGCCUUAACACAUGUGCAAUGAUUUACAUGAUACCCCUUGGACUCAGUGCAGCUAUAAGUACAAGAGUAUCAAAUGAACUAGGUGCUGGUCGACCACAAGCAGCUUCUCUAGCAGUAUGCGUUGUGACGUUCCUGGUUGCAGCAGAAGGCAUUUUGGUAGCCUUCAUUUUGAUUCUGGGCCACAGAAUUUGGGGUUACUUUUACAGCAAUGAAGAAAGAGUAGUGAAAUAUGUUGGAGAAAUGCUCAUUUUGAUUGCAGCCUCCCACUUCUUCGAUGGCAUCCAAUCUGUGCUUUCAGGCACAGCUAGAGGAUGUGGAUGGCAGAAGCUUGGAGCUAUUAUUAAUUUGGGAGCUUACUAUCUUAUAGGCAUUCCUUGUUCUGUUGUAUUAGCUUUCGUCUACCACUUUGGAGGGAAGGGUCUCUGGACAGGAAUUAUAGUUGGACUUGCGGUCCAAGGGCUAGGUCUGCUGGCAAUAACUCUAAGCACCAACUGGGACAACGAAUCCAAGAAGGCUCGAGAAAGGGUGUACUGCAGCACUACGAUUCCUGAAGGUCCAUUGGCAUAAAUGAGGCUUGCCUGUUUAAGAUUGAAAUUGAAUUUAGAUUCCUGUAGUGUCUUAAAAUAGUGGUGCUAUUCAUACAAAAGUUCUAACUUUGGAGCAAUAAUUUAAACUAUUUAAUUUUUUAAAAAAUUCGUUAAAAUUAAAAA